UGGAUGGGAGGAAAGGUUUCCUUGGAUCGCCACCAUGCCCGGCUCAGCCAAGGCAAGGAGGAUGAGAUGGAGAUAUUUGGCUACAAGACCCAAGGCUUCCGGAGGGCUUUUUGCAUUGCUGGGUACAUCCUGUCCUGCGGAGUCCUCUUGCUUCUCUUCUAUUGGAAGCCAGAAUGGGACGUUUGGGCAAACUGUGCACCCUGUGACCUGGAGGAAGCCGAUACCGUUUUGUUACGAACAACAGAUGAGUUUCAAAGAUAUACCAGGAAGAAGGUGAUAUUUCUUGACCUGCUGAGUCUCCUGGACAGUGAAAAAUUGGAUCGCUUAUUCAGUGAAGAUGGGGAAUCUGUCAUAAACAGAGCCAUAGCAAGGCCUGACUUGAAAGUGAAAUACAUCCAAGUACAAAAAGUCCGCUAUAUCUGGGAUGUGUCUGAGAAAGUUUUUGUCAGAGUUGGGUCACUUGAGGAGAGCUACACUUGUCAUGAGAUACACCACAAAUUUGGAGAUGGGCUGACGAGGAAACAUCAAGAUCUCAGGAAAUUGUUGUGUGGACCCAACGCCAUUGAAAUUGAAAUACGGCCAAUCUGGAAAUUGCUUUUCAAAGAGGUUUUCAACCCUUUUUAUGUGUUUCAAGCUUUCACCCUGAUUCUCUGGAUAAGCCAAGGGUACAUUGAAUACUCCAUUGCCAUCAUAAUCUUAUCCAUUAUCUCGAUUGCUCUCACCGUCUAUGACCUAAGGCAGCAAUCCAUUCAACUGCACAACCUGGUGGAGGAGCACAACAAGGUCCAGGUAAUGGUCUGGACUAAACAUGAAGGUGGCCAGAAGUCAGAGUCUUGUCACCUGGUCCCAGGAGACAUCCUUCUCUUAGAAGACCAGAAGCUCUCUCUGCCCUGCGAUGCCAUCCUCAUUGAUGGAAACUGUGUAGUGAAUGAGGGGAUGCUCACAGGUGAAAGUGUCCCAGUGACCAAGACUCCCUUGCCCCACACGGACAACACCAUGCCAUGGAAGAAGCACAGUGUUGAGGAUUACCGGCGGCACAUCCUGUUCUGUGGCACGGAGAUCAUUCAGAUGAGGAGGGCAGGCAAUGGGCCGGCAAGGGCUGUUGUGUUGCAGACAGGUUUCAACACUGCCAAGGGAGACCUAGUGAGAUCCAUUCUUUACCCAAAGCCAUUGAACGUCAAGCUCUACAAAGAGGCCUUCAAAUUCAUGGUCUGCCUGGCCUUGGUUGGGAUUGUGGGGCUGAUCUACUCAGUAUGUGUGUAUGUGAGCCACAAGAAAUCUGUGACAGACACGGUGGUGAUGGCGCUCCUCCUCAUGACAGGGACCGUCCCUCCAGCCAUCCCGGCUGCCUUGACCACGGGCAUCGUUUAUGCCCAGAAGAGGCUGAAGAAGAAGAAGAUUUUCUGUGUCAGCCCUCAAAGGAUCAACAUCUGUGGACAGAUAAACCUGGUCUGCUUUGACAAGACUGGAACUCUGACAGAUGACGGACUUGAUCUCUGGGGCGUCAUCCCUUGCCAGAAAAGGAGUUUCCAGCCUGUCCACCAUUUCUUUGGCCAUCCUCUGCCCUGGGGGCCACUGUGCCGAGCCAUGGCCACCUGCCACUCCCUCCUUCUCUUGGAUGGGAAGAUUCAGGGGGACCCCUUGGAUGUGAAGAUGUUCGAGGGCACCCACUGGGAAAUGGAAGAAUCCAGUCCAGAGGACAUGGCAACAGGUGUGCCACAGACAUGCAUUGUUGUGAAACCAGGACCUGCUGCUUCCCAGGCUUCCGUGGAAGGCAUGGCAAUCCUGCACCAGUUCCCCUUUUCCUCUUCUUUGCUGAGGAUGUCAGUCAUCACCCAAGAACUGGGGAAGAAGGAUGUCUACGAUCUCUACAUGAAGGGAGCCCCAGAGAUGGUGGCCAGCUUUUGCAAGCCAAUGACUGUUCCAACAAACUUCCAAGCGGAGCUGAAGUCCUUCACCUCCCAGGGCUUCCGAGUCAUUGCCUUGGCCCACAAGGAGUUCCCACUGGAAGGAGAGGUCAGCUUGGAUGCCAUGGAAAGGAAUGAAGUGGAGUCCAACCUGACCUUUUUGGGCCUCCUGGUCAUGGAGAACCGGCUGAAGAAUGAGACCAAACCUGUCCUGGAGGAACUCAGUGAUGCCCGCAUCCGGAGCGUGAUGGUCACAGGUGACAAUCUAGAGACGGCCAUCACAGUCUCCAGGAAUUCUGGGAUGAUCUCCAGGGGCAGCAGAGUCAUCCUGGUGGAGGCCACUGAACCAGAGAAACCCCAUCCGGCAUCUGUUUCUUGGCAGGUGGUGGAGGACACGCAGCCAGGCAUAGAUAAAAACCAAGAUCCCUGCAUUACCAUUGAUGGCACAAGUGUUGGCAGCAGCAGUAGCAGAAACUUUCAUUUUGCCUUGAAUGGGAAGACCUAUCAAGUACUCCAGAAAUACUUCAGCAGUUUGCUACCAAAGAUACUUGUGAAUGGAUCUGUGUUUGCAAGGAUGUCUCCAAGGCAGAAGUCCAGCCUUAUUGAAGAAUUUCAGAAACUGGAGUAG